ACUGCGACCAGAAUAUGUCUUUGAAUUUCGGAAAGAUGUGGGAGAUUGGUGCAUGCCAUUGAGCAGAUGUCGCAGCCUUUUCUCCGCGUGUGUAUGUCUGAAAGCUCGCUCGUUGACUCACUUCGUUGAAUCCAAUCGUGAAUUCAUGACAGUGAUGUUCGCGACAGAACCUACUAUUCACAACAGACUUCGCGCCGUCGAAAAUGCUCCCUAGUGGUAACGAUGGAACUCUAGAUUUCUCCCCAAUUCGAGCUCGUAGAUCCAGGAAGAUACCGUGCAGGAAGCUGAUGCAAGAGUAGAUUACCUGCGGGUUUGCUGUUUCAUAUGGAUCUCGAGGCGAGGCGAGGCGAGGUGAGAUGAUGCGAACUGACUGGCCCCACAGAACUGUUGGAGUUUAUUGAAUUCCUGAAUUCAUUUUCUAGCAGCUGCAGAACUUUUUCUGAGGCUAUUAUAUCUGAAGUGGAACAAGCGACAGAGCAUUGCAAUUGCAAGCAUUUCAAGCAGACCACUCUAUCCUGGAGACGACAGAGUGCCGCAGGAUCUGCGAAGAGGUUCCUGCCAGAGCUUCGUCUUCAGUAAGAUUGAAAUCUUAUUCUGGAGAUUUUGGUCCGCUUAAUAAUCGCUCAGCACGAUCAUUUGAGGCCGAGGAGGCCGGAAUUCGAAGAUGAAGUUUUGGAGGGAGAGUUCAAGUUUGGCUCCAGUCGAUUCUGCUGGAGACGAGACUGCUCUCGAACGGUACACGCAGAAUGAUACCGUGGAUUGCGAAGGAAGGCCCGCAAACAAGGCAACGACUGGAGGAUGGAGAUGUACUCCUUUCAUCUUCGGUGCCGAAUUUGCGGAAAAGACUGCAGCAUUCGGAGCGCAGUUCAACAUGGUGAAUUACUUGGUCGGAGUAAAGUUUCUCGCGAAGGCCUAUUCCGCCAACAUGGUCACAAAUUAUCUCGGAACUGGGUACCUGAUGACAUUGGUCGGUGGAAUCGUAGCAGACUCCUUCCUGGGUCGCUUCUGGACCAUAUUUGCGGCUGGCACAAUACAAAUGAUGGGCUUCGUGGUUUUGAUGCUUACAGCAUUUCUACCAUCUUUGAACAAUCAAUACUGCGAGGACGAUCUGAAGAAAGACUGCCGGGCUGCACAUGGAUCGAGCUUGUCAACCAUCUACGUGGGCCUUUACCUCAUAGCGAUCGGGACUGGGGGCAUCAAAGCUUGUGUAUCAGCAUUCGGAGCAGAUCAAUUCGAUUCCGAGGACCCCAGGGAGGCGAAAAGUCUGCCUCAUUACUUCAAUGUGUUCUUCGGCUCCGUUGAGAUGGGCUCACUGUUCGCCUCGACUCUCAUGAUAUGGAUUCAAGAGUACAAGGGCUGGAAAUGGGGCUAUGCCAUAUUGGCCAUAGUCAUGGGUGCAGCUCUUGUCCUGCUCGUAAGUGCACGGAGGCUCUUCAGGUACAGAGUUCCCAGAGGCAGUCCAUUCACUCCCGUGGCCAGAGUCUUCAUCACAGCUCUGAGAAACCGCAAGCUCCCCACUCCAACGGACCAGAGCCAUCUGUACACUGGACCCGAAGAGAAAGCACCGCAAGGAGUUAUUCGGACGAGCAACUUAAAGUUUUUGGAGAAGGCUGCGGUACUGAGGGAGGGAGAAGUGGCAACCGGGGAGGAGCCGAAUCCUUGGAGAGUGGCGAAUUUGCAGGAUGUGGAGGACACGAAAAUGCUGCUACGGCUGCUGCCGAUACUCUUCUCGUCCUUCUUCUACUGGACCUGCUCCGUGCAGUUCAGCACAUUCACGGUGUACCAAGUGGCAACGAUGGAUCGGCGACUGGGGACGAUGGUCGUGCCCUCGGGAACGGUGGGAGGAGUGUUUCUGACAGUGAGCAUCCUCCUCACAAUCAUCUUCUACGACAGAGUCAUCAUGCGCCUCAUCAAACGCUUCACGGGGAAUGGACAAGGCAUCUCGCCGCUGAGGAAGAUCGGCAUCGGGGUCAUCACUCCAGCCUUCGCCAUGAUGACAGCUGCUCUGAUCGAGAUGAAGCGGCUGCGCGUGGUGCAGGACGAGCACGCCGAGGACAGCCCGGCCACCCCUCUGCCCAUGUCCAUGUUCUGGCUGGUGCCGCAGUACCUGAUCAUCGGCUCGGGGCAAGCAUUCAUUUACGUGGGCUCUCUCGAAUUCUUCUACAACGAGAGUCCGCGAACGAUGCAGUCCCUGGGGACAGCGCUGGUGUCGUGCACCAUGUCCAUCGGCGUGUUCACGAGCAGUGCCAUCGUUUCCACCGUCAACAGGGCCACCAGACACAACCAUGACGGCCAAUGGCUCGGGAACAAUCUGAAUCGGAGUCAUCUGGAUCGAUUCUACUGGGUUCUCGGAGGUCUGAGCCUGAUCAACGUGAUGUUCUUCCUGUUGGCCGCUUGGUGGCACGAGUCCGUGACGAGGGCCUUUUCUUCUUCCGCCGUCGCUGCCGAUCCCGAUGCCAGUCCGCCAUCGGCAGCACCAUCUGCCCACCAGGCGUAGCUGAGAAUCGCGGCUCUGGCAGCUCGGGUGCCUGCCUGCGGCUUGAAGCCUGCAGAAGAGCCCUCUUGGGGCCACCAUAGCUGAGAUCAUGCGAUGUGAAGGACAUCGCUCGCGUUCGGAAGAUAGCCCCAGAGGUGAUUUGAAUCAGGCGGAUCAGAAUGAUGGCUCCUGCCGCCGCCGCUGCCAGUUUCGAGACUCGAGAUCAUUCUGAGAGCCUUCUGACGGCCGAGACCACGACAGAUUCCGCUCUGCCGAAGGUACAGAAACGAUUAUUCUUGGCCUUCGUGCUUCCAGAACAUCUUCAUCUGUUCCGGUCGAACAGAUGAAAGAUGAAGAUGUUCUGAAGCCGGAGGCAGAAGAUAGAGCAAUUCUGCGAAAUGCCAGAAUUCCAUCACCGAGCUCCAUCGAUCACAGGUACAACUUAUUAGAGUGUCAGAACGAUCAAGUGGUCAUCGUAGUCCGAGCUUCGGUUUGUAGACCGAGAAUAUCAUCAACCUCGACUGCUUCACGUUCAAAGCAA